GGCGGACAGAGGCUCAGUAAGGGCUAAGACGAGGUGAGGGGAGUCAGUAUCCAUUAUCCGUACGUUCUUGGUCGUGUAACAUGUGCACAGAUUAUCAAGUUUCGCUCCGUGACAACACCUAAGUGAAAGCAUUAUGACUGGUGAAGUGAAACAGCCCAAGCCGAAACAUUUAGUCCACUGGUUUAGAAAAGGACUUCGCCUCCAUGACAACCCUUCCCUGCGAGCUGGCCUAAAAAAUGCAUUGACUUUCAGGUGCAUAUUUAUCUUGGACCCGUGGUUUGCCGGCUCGUCCAAUGUGGGGAUUAACAAAUGGAGGUUCCUGCUGCAGAGCCUGGAGGACCUGGACACCUCCCUCAGGAAACUCAACUCCCGCCUCUUCGUCAUCCGCGGCCAGCCAGCUCACGUCCUGCCCGAGCUGUUUAGGGAGUGGGGCACGACAUGCCUAACGUUCGAGAAGGACCCUGAGCCUUUCGGCAAGGUGCGGGAUGCCAACAUCGUGGCCAUCGCGCGGGAGAUGGGCAUCAACGUGGUCGUCAAGACUUCCCACACUCUGUACAAGCCAGAAAAAAUAAUUGAUAAAAAUGGUGGAAAACCUCCUCUAACGUACAAAUCCUUCCAAAAUAUCCUAAUGACCAUGGACCUGCCGCCACUCCCCCUGAGCACAAUAACCCUUGAUGACCUGGAGAACAAGUACACGCCCCUCACGGACGACCACGAUGAGAAGUACGGCGUGCCAACCCUCGAGGAGCUGGGUUUUGACACAGAGUCGCUCCAACAGACGGGGUGGAAAGGCGGCGAGAGUGAGGCUCUGACCCGUCUGGAGCACCACCUAGAGAGGAAGGCGUGGGUGGCUUCCUUCGGCCGGCCCAAAAUGACGCCCCAGUCCCUCUACCCCUCCCGCACUGGCCUCUCACCUUACCUCAGAUUUGGCUGCCUCUCAUGUAGGAGGUUUUUCAAGGAACUCAAUGAGCUCUACAAAAAGAUCAGGAAGUCUCCCCCGCCCCUCUCCCUCCACGGGCAGCUGCUGUGGCGGGAGUUCUACUACACAGCUGCCACCAACAACCCCAAGUUUGACCACAUGGAAGGAAACCCCAUUUGUGUGCAGAUACCAUGGGACAAGAACCCCGAGGCCCUCGCUAAAUGGGCUAAUGGCCAGACAGGCUACCCGUGGGUGGAUGCAAUCAUGACACAGCUCCGGAACGAGGGAUGGAUCCACAAUGUGGCGCGGCAUGCCGUGGCUUGUUUCCUCACCCGGGGGGACCUGUGGGUGUCCUGGGAGGAGGGAAUGAAGGUAUUUGACGAGUUGCUUCUCGAUGCUGACUGGUCUGUGAAUGCCGGCUCCUGGAUGUGGCUGUCGUGUUCCUCCUUCUUCCAACAGUUUUUCCACUGCUACUGCCCAGUGCGGUAUGGGAGGAAAGCUGAUCCUAAUGGAGACUAUAUCAGAACAUAUCUACCUGGGCUCAAAAACUUCCCCACCAAGUACAUCCACGAGCCCUGGACAGCACCCGAGUCAGUCCAGCGUGCGGCCAAGUGUGUGAUUGGCCGGGACUACCCGAUGCCCAUGGUGGACCACAUCAAACAGAGCCAGAACAACAUUGAGAGAAUGAAGCAGGUGUACCAACAGCUUGCACACUACAGAGGCAAAAUUAAUCCAGCAAUCAAGUCACCAACAAUGGACCACUACCCGUCACCCCCGCCAGACUUUGAGAAGAAGCGGAGCAGCAAGACGGGAAAGAGUGACAUCCAGAGGGACUCCAACUACCGAGUACAAGUGCAGGCCUGACUCAAACUGGCCUCGGAUGACCACGAGUGCUAGACUGGCCUUUACUAGCCCUCACUAUCCCUCUCCCCCUGACCCCUCCAAAGCAUGUGCAGCAAGACUCGUGUGCUCUGAGGAUGGAACCGCAUGAUGGUUGACUGUGAAAAUAAUAUCUGUUGGUCAAAGAGUGAAAUUGUGUAAUAUUUCUUGGUAAGCUGUUCUGAAUUAAGGUCAAUAUUUUAGUCCAACAACUACAAAUUAUUUUAUCAUGUUUGUAAAGUUUAAAAAAGCAGCCAUUUUGUAAGAGGACUAUAUUUUACGCUGGAUGAAUUAAAAUCCGAUGCCUCUUUUAGUACAUACACUCAAGUGGCUCAUUGUAAAUAUAAAACUUACAUUAAGCUCCUUUUACAAUAUGUUUACAAAGAAUGAUACUUGAAGAAAAUCGUUACACAGGCUUUUCAUGACUGAGCUCCAUUAGCUUCAAUACAAUUAAGAGAUUGAAAGGCACUAACAUGGACAAGUCUGUUUUUUACUGGAGAGGCAAAUUAUUGUUUUAGUAAAGUUCUUGAUCUUAAAGCAAACAUCCAUCUCACGUGUACAGAACUCUAAACUAGAAAGAAAAUUCUUAAUGGCAAAAUUUUUACACAAACUAACGCUCUUGAUAAUUAAUGGUAUGAACUUACCAAAGUUUCAAUAAUGUAUGAAGUCAAUAGAUUUUUCUUUAACAUGCUCUCUAUACUGGCUAUAGAGAUGGAAGAAAAAUUUUUAUACUCACUAAUCAUUAGCAGUCAUCACAUCUCUCCAUAAUCAUGUUUUUAAUACCAGUAUAGUAAGUUCUACUUAUUAUAACUCAUAGUGUACAAAGCUACAAUUACUAACUAUUUCUUGUAAUUGUCCAAGUGUAUGUAUGAAUUUCAAAAUAUGCUUGCUCUAUGUAUGCAAUAUGUUUUGUAGGCACAUUAAAUUUGUCUUCAGAUUGCAAUGGGUUUAGCUAGACACUUAAAAUUCAUAAUACAGAGGUGUCACAUGCCUCUAGUCUUGAUUUGAUCUGUACUUGAUAGGAAACAGGACAUUAUAGGAUUUACAGAUCAAGCAGUGAAUGUGUACUUGUUGCAUAUGACAUUCCUUUGCAAUACUACAUUCUUUUUACUUUACUGUCUUGUAGUUACAUUAGGCAUGAGUGAAGAAGUGAAAGUUUAGGGAUUAUUUAAUUGCAACACAUAUCUGUUUGUGUUCCCUUUUCUUCUGCUUUGUGCACAUUGCUUUACCAAAGUGUUAGGAAGUAUAUCUGUAUAUAAACUGGCUAUGUAAUAUUAUUUUUAACCCUGAAGACAUCUUGAUAUUUUGCAUGCAUACACUAUUCCUACUAUUGUAGGAAAGUAAUUUGGUUCAUAAACCUGAUCAUUGUAAUAACUAUAUAAGUGCUGUUUAUCACAGUUGUGAUAUUGCUGCAACAUGGUCAUUCUCAGAUCAAUAGAUUAAACUGCCAACCUAAAACCAGUCUGUGUUAACUACAAAGUCGUGGUACCCUGUGAAACUCUGUCAAUGGCCCAUUGUUGGAUUACUGGUUAUUUAGAUCAUUAUACAAUUGUAUCAAUGUUAAAAGUAUUACUUAGGAAAACUAUGGCUGUAGAGAAUUAUCUACAGCUUUCCUACCUGCAGUACAUUGUAUUAUUUCUGUACCACCUCAUGGCAAGGCUGCAAUCUGUGACUGACAUGUAUAAGGCACUUAGUUUUGUUAUAUUGCUAAGAAUAUAUUUAAAAGAGCUAUCUUUUAAUACAUCAAAUAUUGAA